UUUACUUUUCUCGAGAAUCAUAGAAUCCCGUCCGUCAAGGCCACGUCCUUGGAUCGGUGCGUGAUGACAAUUCCCAGGAUAUUUAUCUUUUGCUCCAUUAUUUUAGCAGACCCAUUUUCCCAUUUCGGACGAGCUUCGAGCAUUGGGUUGCCAAGAGCUGCUGCUAUGGCCGCUCUUCUUCGCUUUCGGGAGUAGAAGCGUCUCUCUUGUUCACAGCUGCACUUCCUUCUCGCAUUGAAGAAUUGCGUUAAUCGCGUCUGACCCACGACGCCGAGACGUAAUAUAAACCGGUUGUCUUCCACAGUCGCCGUGUCGGCGCGUCCCAUCUCGAGUUUGUCUGUAUCGGAGCACGACGAGUAAAGAGAUUGGGCUUCUCUGGCUUUCUGACAUAAGCCAUUAACCAGCCACGCACACCCACUUUCUUGUUUGUCCGUCUUCUUCUUCAGAAUCAGAGAUGUCUGCCGAGUUGACUCAGUCGCCUCGGGCGACGAUCCAGCUAUGGAGGUCGCUGUGGGACUUGCUCUCUUUCUUCUUUCAGUUCUUCUUGCGCAUCGCCACGGCUCUCGGGACUCGCCACUUUAUCCUCUCUCGCUUUCCCUCCUUUAAGCCCCUGCCCCUCGCCGAGCUGCCCGUCCAGGAUCCACCCGCCGACGAGGGCGCCGAUUCUCCCGAGCUCUUGGAAAGGCUCACGGUAGUGCUUGAUUUAGAUGAAACUCUAAUAUCUGCAUUCGAGACGCCGACUCUGCCUGCUGCUAUUCGUGACCAAGCAGCGGAAGCCGGAUUGAAGUGGUUUGACCUAGAAUGCAUUUCUUCAGAGAAGGACUCUGAAGGAAAGCCUAAGGUCAAUCUUGUGACGGUGUUUGAGCGCCCGGGCCUGCGAGAAUUCUUGAAACAGCUCCAUGAGUUUGCGGAUCUCGUGCUGUUUACUGCUGGACUUGAAGGAUAUGCAAGACCGCUCGUUGACACAAUAGAUGUUGAGAAUAGAUUUAGUCUGCGACUUUAUCGACCUUCAACAAUUAGCACGGAGCAUCGGGAGCACGUGAAGGAUCUUUCUUGCCUCUCAAAGGAUCUCAGCCGAAUAGUCAUAGUCGACAACAACCCGUUCAGUUUCUUGCUGCAGCCAGUUAACGGGAUUCCCUGCAUUCCUUUUUCUGCUGGACAGCCGUGCGAUGAUCAGCUUCUGGAGGUCCUGCUCCCACUCCUGAAGCACCUUUCUACGCAGAGAGAUGUGAGGCCUGUGCUCUAUGAACGGUUUCGCAUGCCCGAAUGGUUUCAGAAGUGCGGGAUCCCUGCUUUUGGCAAGCUGUCGUAGCAUCUAGACCCAAAGUCUCCGUUCUUUUUGUAUGAUUAUAAAGAAGUGGCAUCUUGCACGAUGUCGAAGUCGGUCCAGUUGUCUCGCUGGUAUGGAAUCAGGUGGUCCAAAGGUGUCAAUAUCUUUUCCGUAUUUGCAGAGCAUCUAGCAUAGUUCCGACUUCUGCAUCUUUGGUGAUAGAUAAAUGUCCCUGUAUGCAAUGUUGAUAGAAGCUAAAGUACUAUUCCUUGUAACAUUAUUCAUGUGCUUGCAGUCCUGUAGCAUGUGCAAAUUGCAUCUUCAGAGUGCUGAACAAUCCAUUGUCCGAAUAAAAAAAAUUCACCAGUUGCUGGAAUGUUUUACACA